GAGAAAUAUGCGCGGAUUCUGUCACUUCCGUCGGCGUCGGGUCUUUAUUCCAGCAAUAAUAAUACACUGUCCCAUGUGUGCCUAUCUGUGUUGGUGAUAUUCAGUGUGAACGUUUUUGUCUCGCCUGCAUAGCCCACUCUAGGCGACACCCCAAUACUUACCCGCGUUAAUAAACUGGGACUCCACUCACGCGCAUUUGGGCCGCCCUAGCUUAGAACUAAGCAAUAUUAUCUAGAAAUUGUUAAACUCUAGUCAUAAAAUACGAAUCAAGAUGCCAUCUGCUUGUGAAGUUGGGAUUGAUGAUAUUGAAGACAUCAUAUCAGCUGGAGAUGUCACACCAAAGGAAAGAUUUGCAAACAAACAGGAUGUAAUGCCCAAAGUGAUGAAUAGAAAGAAAGACAGAAGGAAAAAAGAGGAAGAUAUCAGAGCAGACAGCAUUAUUCCAGGAACCCAAAAAAUCUUUGUGAAGACAUGGGGUUGCUCACACAAUAGCUCUGAUGGAGAGUAUAUGGCAGGUCAGCUUGCAAACUAUGGGUAUUCAAUUACUGAUGAUUCAACUGGAGCUGAUGUCUGGCUGCUCAACAGCUGUACAGUGAAGAACCCGGCUGAAGAUCAUUUCAGGAAUGAAAUCCAGAAAGCACAGCAGCAGGGCAAAGCUCUGGUUCUAGCUGGCUGUGUACCUCAGGCCCAGCCAAGAGCUAAAUACAUUCAAGGGGUCAGUGUCAUUGGUGUGCAACAAAUCGACAGGGUGGUGGAAGUUGUCGAAGAGACCAUAAAGGGGAAUACAGUGAGAUUGUUUGGCCAGAAGAAGAAGGAAGGAAAGAAGAUUGGUGGGGCUAGUCUGGACCUGCCAAAGAUAAGGAGAAAUCCGCUGGUAGAAAUCCUCGCAAUAAAUACAGGCUGCCUAAACCAAUGCACCUAUUGCAAGACAAAGCAUGCAAGGGGAGAACUUGGUAGUUACCCACCAGAAGAAUUAGUUGCCAGAGCAAAACAGUCUUUUGAUGAGGGAGUCUGUGAGAUCUGGCUGACCAGUGAGGACACAGGUGCCUAUGGCAUUGAUAUAGGAGUGACCAUUGUUGAGCUCCUUGACCAGUUAGUAGAUGUCAUACCAGAGGGAUGUAUGAUGAGGAUAGGCAUGACCAAUCCACCUUAUAUUCUUGACCAUUUAGAGGGUAUUGCCAGGAUACUACGCCAUCCUAGGGUAUACUCCUUCCUUCACAUACCAAUUCAAUCAGGGUCAGAUUCGGUUCUCAUGGACAUGAAGAGAGAAUACUGCUCUGAUGACUUCAGGCAAAUUGUGAAGUUCCUCAGAAAAGAAGUGCCUCAUGUUACCAUAGCAACAGACAUAAUAUGCGGAUUUCCCACAGAGAGUGAUAAGGACUUUGAGGAAACUCUGAGUUUGAUAGAGGAGUUUCGAUUUCCCAGUGUGUUCAUCAAUCAGUACUUCCCUCGACCAGGUACACCAGCAGCCAAGUGGCCUCAAGUCCCUGCACAAGAGAAAAAGCGUCGGACAAAAGCUUUGACGACACUAUUUAAGAGCUACCAGACAUAUGAUGAUAAGGUGGGUGAGAGGUUUGAAGUCCUCGUCACAGAAGUGUCACAUGACAAGCAGUAUCUGGUAUCACAUAACAAGUUCUAUGACCAGGUACUGGUACCACACAACAAGGAAUAUCUUGGUAGGACAUUAGAAGUGGAGAUAGAGUCAGUUGGAAAGCAUUUCUUGAUGGGCAAGGUUCUUGAAGUAAGGCCUGCUAGAAAAUUACCAAUACUGCAAGCAGCAUCAGUACACAGGAUUUCAGCAAAGGAACAGUCUCUUGGGAAAUCUUCAUCAAGCAUGAAAUCACAAUUGCCGUGGAUAUCAAUAAUCAUGGCAGUUCUUGUAGCAGUUGUCUUCCUGGAUGUGUGCAGGAUAGCCUAUCAACAUGUCACAAGAUAGCUUAAACUGGAAUAUCAAAUACACUAUAGAAAUACCUUAGUGAGGCACCAUCACUGUGGCAAUUCUUACUCCAAUUGCUGCAGAAGUUUACUGGGCACCAUUCACAAUGCCACAAGUACUCUACCAGUCACAGUGUCACAAGAUAGCAUGUGUGGAUGUGGAACAUCAAUCAUCGUAGAUGCUUUUCCUGGAUGUUGGGUCAUCGUAACAAGCACCUUUACCCUGAAUAUUGGUCUUCAUCUGAUAAAUGUGUUCUGCUGUCAUCUUCCUUGGUUUGUGCAAUGAGUGUUGAGGCAACACUGACAAAAGUCUAUGCUGAUGUUAUCAAUAUGAUCAAAGAAUUAGAUUGGGACUUUACAAAUCAUGCUCUCAUGAAGUAAAUCCUCAUAGGUUUUACUUUCCAUUCAGAGGACUUUACAGAGAUGAUUAUCUUUGUUGGCAUGAUUGGUAUACUAUAUUUAUUCCCAGUGUGUAAACAAAACUACCUGAAAGUCUCAUAGGAGAUGGAAGUCACAAAAUAUCUACAAAAGCACCAAAUAAUUGAAGUUUGCCAUUUAACAUGGCUUGAGAGCAUCCAGCGACCGACUCUGCAGCUACUACAGUGGUAUGGGACACACAGAGACUAUGCUUAUUGGAAGAAUUUUAACAGUAAAAUGGUACGCUAUUUCGACAUGAAGUUGCUAUUGCGGAUAUCUUGGAUAUAAUAUUCUGUUUCCCCAUAUAUUCAGAGACAGGAAUAAUUAACCUGAAAGCUUAAUCAACAUCUGCUCAUAUUUAUUUCCUAUCUUUUUAGUCCAUGUGCCCCUUACUGGGGGCCCGUUUCAUAAAAUAUUACAAUAACAAUUUAAAGCCAUUGAAAACCAUCAAUCUGAUUGGUUUAUACUAAACUUGUGGAUUUGUUAUCAUAACAAGUCUUUAUGAAACAGGACCAUGAUAUACAUGGACUUAAAAUCUUCCUUUGUGUACCAAAGAAUAAGAAGAGUUCACAUCAAUAUUUCUUUGUUUUAAUUUUAAUUCAAAAUCAAAUGUGAGAAAAUAGUUACACACAUGUUUCCGAUAUCACCAUCUCUCUUGCAAGGGAACUGUAUUUUUACUUGCAAUUUAUAGAGGAAAGUUCUGGAUCAAUACUUGCCUUUGUCAGAUUCAAGACUAUUUUUUAAUCACAGCUACAGUUUGAAUAAAUAUUUUGCACUAUACAAGUACUAAAUAAAUAUUCAAAUUCAUGAGAUACAUAGAUACCAUUAAUAAAUAAAUAAAGAUACCUUUAUAUUAUACACAUGCGAUAUGCACUAUUUAUGAAUUUAAAACUUAGCAAUUAUGAUGUUAUUGUUACUGAUUGCAUCCGUUGUUUAAGCAUCAAUCAGUAAAUUUUAAUGUGUACAAAAGCUUGUGCAUUUGCACUUUGACAGUGGUAAUAUUGAUGGUAAUGCUUUAUUAAAAAUUCUUUUGCAGCCAGAAGUAUGAUUGCAGAAUAUUGUUGAAAGGAUGAGCAUACAUUUACAAUAAUCAAUUACAUCAUCAGAAAUUUCCUGCUCACUUAAGAGAGUACUUGAAUUUCUAAGGAAAGCGCUGACUGAUCUCGCACAUUGCAUAUCAAGGUUUAUUUUAAGAGCAUACCAGUAUAAAAAUUUUAUCAACAUAAUAAUUAUUCCAAAAAGAACUUUAAACUCACAAUUAAUUAAUCUGUUUUCUGUAUCAUGUGUUGCCUUUUACAUAGAGAAGGGAUAUAGUAGCAAUAUGUUGUCCAGGGGACCGUUGCAGAAAGAGUUGCGUUUAAACGCAAGUCAAAAAAUCAAUCGCAAGUCCCAAAUGCGCGCUGUUGAUUGGUUGAAAAUCAAAUUGUGCAUGAUUUUUAGAGUUGCGAUUGAUUGCAACUCUUUCUGCAAUGGGCCCCAGGUCUUAUUGAUAGAAGUGGCGACCUUUACAUCAUUAUUUCUAUUAUCAUUUACUAUUCUUAUUUUGGUAGUAUUGUUAUAUAGGUAAUAAUGGGGAGUAAUCCAUUCAGAUUUUAACAUGUGGUUCGAUGUUGUGAUAUUCAAAGCUAAGCAUAGGCUUAAUGCAGACCUGCCAACCAGUACAUUUUAGCCGUAUUUAGUAUGUUUUUGCAACCAAAAUUUUUUUUUUUUUUACAAAAUCGUAAUUUAUUGAGAAAAAUCAUCUCUAUAUGUCUCUAUUUCAUAAAACGUACGCAAAUAUGGUUAUUAGAUCAAUGUAAUUUCAGGUAACUUUUUUUUUUUUUUUCAAUCAUUUUGUAAAAACCAGGGUGAGAUAUACACAAGUUUCAAUGGGGUUUUUUUUUCAUCUGCAAGAGCAGUGCGCAUUUUAGCUUGCAUGCAGCUUGAGCGCCGUGAUGGGCGAGUGCGCCAAGCAUUUUAUUAUGAAAUACACUUUUGGGGGGAAAAAUAUUUAUCUCACACAGUAAAAAUACUGAUUUUUUUUUGUCAAAAUACUGAUUUUGGGGGAUAAGAAUACUGAAAAUGCAAAAUACAACUUGGCAGCUCUGUUAAUGAACUUACAUCAGCCCAAUUCGACAUCUCAUUGCUGUGAUAUUCUCUUUGGAUAGUUAAAUAUACAUGUAUGUUUUAAAAACA